GAUCAUGCGUUGAAGUAUUUUAUCGAAACGAACUGCGCUACGGUGUUGUUAAAUGGAUCGAUAAUAAUGAGUUAAUUCAAAGCAACCGAUUAGUUGCUGUUGAAAUUGAAGGAGACUUGCCGUAUGACUGGCGAACGAUAAAUAAAAUACAACUUGAGGAUGCUUAUAAAGCUGGUAUUUUUGCAAAUGCUAGUCCAGAUUCAAUUGCAUUGGUGCCGUAUUGUGUACUUCGAUCUGAUAAUCGUUUUGCUUUAUCUGAUACUCCUGAAGGCAACAAUAACCAUGAAACAAAAACAAUGGUGUCAUCAAAUUUCGGAAGUUUGGAUAGCGGUAUUGAAGUCCGACCAUGUUUACCCGUGAAAAAUAUCGAAAAUUUGCUUGGCCGUAUGAAAGGAAUCCAAGGUUUUCGGAACAGUUGCUAUCUCGAUACGACUCUUUAUGCCAUGUUUUCGCAGUGUUCAGCAUUUGAUAGUAUACUGGAAAGCAGAUGUGAAACUAAGGCAGAUUCGGUCCAUACAGAAGUCACUGAUAUCUUGAAAACUGAAAUUGUUUACCCAUUGAGAAGGUUUCAUUUUGUCCGGGCUGACCACGUGUUAAAAUUGCGGCGAUUGCUGGAGGUGCUGUUACCUAAAAUGAGAGGUUUAACAACUGACGAAAAAGACCCUGAAGAAUUGCUGAAUGCUCUGUUCAGUACAGUAUUGCGGGUUGAACCGUUUCUUAUAAUGAGAAAUACAACAGAUGACAAAACAAAUCCGGCAUAUAUAUGUCCCUUAAUAACAGAAGAUCUAUGGAGCGAAGAACAGCGUCGACUUAUCAGUGUGCAGACACUUGUCGAAAGAUCACUCUUUGCAUCUAAUAUUCAAUUUGCAUGUGAACCAAAAGUUUUGAUCCUUCAGUUGCCACGAUAUGGGCAGCAGAAAGUUUUUGAUAAAAUAUUUCCGCCUCAAGAAAUGGAUAUUACCCAUCUUAUUUAUGAAGGUAAACGACCCUGCAUAAAUUGCGGUAAACUUGCCGAUAUGAUGUGUCCUGAAUGUUUCCUGACAAGAGAAGUUUUCAUUGGAGAGGUAACGUAUUGUGGUAUAUGUUAUGAACAAACCCACAAUGGCCUGGAUCAUCAACCACAGCAGCUAUCCGCUAGCAAUAAUUCGUUUUCGACGUCAUCAUCCUUAUCUUUAUCUCGGCGAACGCAGGUGCCACAAAAGAAGCUCCAACUUGCAUCUGUUCUUUGCAUCGAAACUUCUCAUUAUGUGGCAUUCGUGCACGCUCUUCACGCUAAUAAAUGGGUAUUUUUCGAUUCAAUGGCCGAUCGAGUGGGUUUUUCUGAUGGCUAUAAUGUUCCACAGGUGAAAUUAUGUGAAAAGAUGUCAAAUUGGUUGAGCGAUGCCGGUUGGCGUAGAGUUCGUGACUGUAUUAACCAGGAAGGACAUUUGCCGAACGAUGUUGAAAGUGAUUCAGAUUUAAUGCGCUUAUUGAGUGACUGCUAUAUUUGUUUCUAUACAGAUGAAGAGAACAAAAACGAAGGUCUCAGUUUAUCACGUUUUUUUUCCUGA